GGGGUCCUGAAGCCGGAAGUGGUUGCGGCCUUGUUUCCGGGCGGGCCUGGAUUUUUGAGCAGAGGCUGAGAGCGGGAGAGCGAGUCCGAGCGCCGCCACCAUGAUUCUGCUGGAGAUCAACAACCGCAUCGUGGAGGAGACCCUGAGCCUGAAGCUGGAGAACGCGCUGGCGGGCAACAAACCAGAUACAGUGGAAGUCACUUUUGCAGAUUUCGAUGGGGUCCUUUACCACAUUUCCAACCCAAAUGGAGACAAGACCAAGGUGAUGGUCAGCAUUUCACUAAAGUUCUACAAAGAGCUGCAGGAUCACGGAGCAGAUGAGUUACUGAAGAGAGUUUAUGGCUCUUACCUCGUGGCUCCUGAGGAAGGGUACAAUGUAUCUCUGCUGUUUGAUCUGGAAAAUAUUCCACCCAACACAGAUGAGGUUGUGCAUCAGGCCGGCAUGCUGAAAAGGAAUUGCUUCGCCUCUGUCUUUGAGAAGUACUUCAACUUUCAGGCGGAGGGGAAGGAAGGAGAGAGACGGGCACUGAUCCAUUACCGUGAUGACGAGACUAUGUAUGUGGAGGCCAAAAAGGACCGAGUGACGGUGGUCUUCAGCACAGUUUUCAAGGAUGACGACGAUGUUGUGAUUGGGAAGGUCUUCAUGCAGGAGUUCAAAGAGGGUCGGAGAGCAAGUCACACAGCUCCCCAGGUGCUGUUCAACCACAGAGAGCCUCCCCUGGAGCUCAAAGACACGGAUGCAGCAGUGGGUGACAACAUUGGCUAUAUCACUUUCGUGCUGUUCCCUCGACACACCAAUCCCAACACCCGUGACAACACCAUCAACCUGAUCCACACCUUCAGGGAUUACCUGCAUUACCACAUCAAAUGCUCCAAGGCUUAUAUCCACACUCGCAUGAGGGCCAAGACCUCGGACUUCUUGAAGGUUUUGAACCGUGCGCGGCCAGAGACUGAGAAGAAGGAGAUGAAAACAAUGUCGGGGAAGACUUUUUCAGCUCGAUAAUAAAUGUUUGGGCUGCUGAGUCUGAAGCUGAUAAUAUUCGCAUGGAUCUCCAGCACAUGGUCAGUCAGAGCUCUGUGGAGUGCGAUCCAGGAUUUGGUUUUCUUUAUCUGAUUUAUUUGAGAGCAAUUCUCGACUGCGCUUUGCUUGCGGUGGUUUCCUGUUGUCUUGUGGUGCCUAGCAGCACUUGUAUAAUCAAUAAAAAAACAUUCCAUCUUUCAGCCGCUUCCCUUCUCUCUGUCCACUAAUGUUUUCCUCUGCUUUAUCUGACCAUUAACAAUGAAAACAGUAUUUGAUGCUCCAGCCCAGCCAGCGCUCUGAAACAGGACAAGUGGCAGGAACUGUAAGCGCAUUCAAAAGAAUAAAUCUUUUAUAUCACA